GUCAGCGUUAACAUAUGCGCAUGCUCAGUGUAUGCUUCCGCCCAACUGCUCCAAGCUGCACAGAUGCCCAGCUAACAUUGUAGGCUACAUGUCUCUUACUUCCCUCGUGUAUUCAUGCUCAAGUUCCUGUACACAACUUUCUUCUGCAUUACGUAUGUCUUUCCAAGCAUCAAAUAUGCCGGUACCAAAGAGGUUACGGAGGAGGAAAUGGCAAAGUAUAGGGAAAGAAUAAAGGCCAUGUUCUACCAUGCCUACAACAGUUAUCUUGAUAACGCCUAUCCCUAUGAUGAGCUGCGGCCACUGACCUGUGAUGGCCAGGAUACUUGGGGCAGCUUUUCUCUGACACUCAUCGAUGCUUUGGAUACAUUGCUGAUACUGGGGAAUAACACAGAGUUUCAGCGUGUGACAGUUCUCCUCCAAGACACUGUGGAUUUUGACAUUGAUGUAAAUGCCUCUGUUUUUGAAACCAACAUCAGAGUGGUUGGUGGUCUUCUGUCUGCCCACCUGCUGUCUAAGCAGGGUGGUGUGGAUGUGGAGGAAGGUUGGCCCUGCUCAGGCCCUCUGCUCCGCAUGGCUGAAGACGCAGCACGCAAACUACUCCCAGCCUUCCAGACCCCCACAGGGAUGCCCUACGGCACAGUGAAUCUGCUCAGGGGGGUCAACCCCACCGAGACCCCCGUCACCUGCACUGCUGGGGUGGGCACCUUCAUCCUGGAGUUUUCCACCUUGAGUCGUUUGACGGGCGAUCCUGUGUUUGAGGAGGUGGCAUGGAAGGCCCUCAAAGCUCUCUGGGGAACCCGAUCUGACAUUGGACUGGUGGGGAACCACAUCGACAUUGUGACUUCCAAGUGGGUGGCCCAGGAUGCAGGCAUCGGUGCGGGCAUUGACUCGUACUUCGAAUACCUGGUGAAGGGUGCCAUCAUGCUGCAAGAUGAGGAAUUGCUGUCAAUGUUUCAUGAAUAUCAUACGGCAGUGAAGAACUAUACCAAGUUUGAUGACUGGUACCUUUGGGUCCAGAUGCACAAAGGGACCGUCUCCAUGCCAGUGUUCCAGUCUCUGGAGGCCUUCUGGCCUGGCCUACAGAGCUUGCUGGGUGACCUUGACAGUGCAGUAAGGACCUUCCACAACUACUACACUGUGUGGCGUCAGUUUGGAGGUCUGCCGGAGUUCUACAGCAUUCCUCAAGGCUACACAGUGGACAAGAGAGAGGGCUACCCCCUGAGACCAGAGUUGAUAGAAAGUGCCAUGUAUCUGUACAAGGCCACCGGGGACCCUACCUUCCUGCAGCUUGGACGGGAUGCCGUGGAGUCUAUUGAGAAGAUCAGUCGAGUGAAGUGUGGAUUUGCCAGUGUUAAGGAUGUGAGGGACCACAAACUGGACAACCGCAUGGAGUCCUUCUUCCUGGCCGAGACCAUCAAAUACCUUUACCUCCUGUUCGACCCGGAAAACUUCCUGCACAACAACGGCUCCACAUUUGAGCUGGGUGGCCCAGACGGGGACUGUGUUCUGGGGGCCGGGGGCUACAUCUUCAACACGGAGGCCCACCCUCUGGACCCUGCAGCUCUGCACUGCUGUAGUCGGGCCCAAGAGGAGCGCUACGAGCUCCAGGACAUCCUGCUGAGUCUCUCUGAAGUCCCGGACACCCCCAGCCAGCCGGUGGAUGGAGAGGGGCCCGAGGAAGAUGAUGAAGAGGAGGACGACGAAGGUGCUGCAACCAGAGACAUGGAUGACAGAGAUUUGCGGGUGUCGGAGAGCAUAGUGCUGAAGCCAGGGAGUCUGCGAAAGGCCCGCGUGCUCUCCUGCCCGAUGCAGCCCUUUAGCUCCAGACUGGCACUCAUGGGGCAGGUGUUCACAGGUGACAGCACGUAAAGAAUCAAGGGAGAUAAGGGGGUUAUGGGUCGGUCAAGACCAUGGGAUUUAAAUUGAAAUCAAAAGUGAAGAAAAGACAGUUUUUUUUUUUUUUUAUAAAUAUUUAUUUAGGGUAUUUUUUAUUUGUCUUUUUGUGUUCUUUGUUGAAAGAUAGUUUGGGUUUAUGACAGGGAUUGAUACUGAAUUGAAAUAUCAAUUUUAAUUUAUGGUUAGGUUGCUUGAUUAUAAAUGAAUAAAAAAUAACUAAAUCUGACCUCUUAAAAGCUAUAAAAUAGAUUGGAAAUAACAUGUAGGCUAUGAACCCAUUGUGAACUCAUAGAGAAACAAGACCACACAAAAAGACUGCUGCAAAUGUUUGUUUUUUUUCACAAGAAAAUGAGACUUAAGCCUGUAAUCAGCUGUUCUGCACUCCUGACAAAGAGAAUGUCAAACAUUAAAGGCUGCAGAAAAAGA